AUGACAUCACAAGGUCCCAGGGUUGCAGUCACGGACCCUUUGGCUACAAUCCGAGCAGACAUGUUUGAAUCUACCAAGAAUGAUGGCAAGGGCGGUUUCGUUCAUCCAACUUUCAAGGUAAACACGCCCGGUGGUGGUUCUCCUGGACGUCCUCCUUUCUCCCGACAAACGAGUGCCGCUUCCAGCUUUGAUGAUGCUGCUGAUGACUUUUUCGACGAAUUCGACUGGAGCGAAGAUGAACAAGAGCAACAAGCCGCAAAAGAGGAAGAGAAACAGUUGCAGGCAAUCGCUUUGCGUCGCCGUAAAAUCAGUCCUUUCAAGAUUAUAAAAUGGCUCGCUACUACAUUCCUGGGAAAUUUUAUCUUAAGUGCAACGCUUGUUGCGCCAGCAAUCGUCUUGCAAUAUACAUAUCGAAAUGAAGGGCCCGAUUCAGAACGAGCAAAGCGCAACUACGUCACAGACAAUGUUCAAGCUUGGUUGAUCUGGGCCGCAUUCAAUUUGCACGUUGAAUGGUGGAUUCAUUUGAUUGUUGAAUUGUUCCCACGAGCUGCAAUUGCUAUCGUCAGCGGUGUAUGGGGUAGCGUCAGUCAGCGUGUUCUCUCUUUUGUUGAGGUUUUCAACGCAAUCAAAGGAUACGUCAAGCUGAUCGGAUAUGCAGCCCUUUCGUGGGGUUCUUGGGCAAUCAUUUUCAAUUCCAUCUACCAUUUGUACACUCGUACAAAUCCCGAAACUGAAAGUCGUGCGCCUUACUUGUAUCGAAUUUACGAAGUGGUCGAAUUCUUUUUCUUCUUUACGUUGACAAUCGCGGCUGAGAAGAUUUUGAUCAAGAUUAUUUCGAUCCGUUUCCACAAGACUGCUUAUGCAGAACGUAUCAGUAAGAUUACCAAGGCAUUAAAGACUUUUGAUUGGUUGAAAGAUCAUAGGCCCAAAGAUAAGGGUACGAACUCGCCUUUUGGCUUCAAAACGCCGAAAGGUUUGAGAACUCCUGUCUCGUUCAAUAUGCCUCAUCACGGAACGCCAUUGAAUGCGCCAGCUGACGUUCUGGGCGAGCCUGUUCCAAGCGGUCAAGCAACACCCAAAGCAGGAUUCUUUUCACGCAAAACACAUGCAGAAAAGCGCCCUGGUGAUGCCCCAACGGCUGUUCCUAUGCGAAAUUAUUCAGAGCCGAACACACCUGGAGCUGCCUCUGCCCGUUCAACCAAAUCAAAGCAAACGAUGAAUGCUGCUAAACAGAAAGCGUCACAAGCGACAAACCUUGCAAAAAAAGCCAUGGUUGAUCCAACACAUCUUUUAACGGAUGAUACUGUCGGUGUUGGAUUGGACGUUAAUUCACCUGCUGAAGCAAGACGUUUAGCCAGAACCCUCUUCCGUGCUUAUCGUGGACGUCAUCGUCGAACUUAUUUAGUCCCGUCCGAUUUCGAGGUUGCCUACAAGAAUCCUGAAGAUGCAAAAGAUGCAUUCGAGGUAUUUGACAGUGAUCGAAACGGAGAUAUUUCAAUGACCGAAAUGAAAAAUACGAUUGUAGAAAUCUACAAAGAUCGUAGAUUCGUUGCCAAAAGUUUGGAGGAUACAAGUAGUGCUUUGUCACAAUUGGAUUUGAUCUUCUUGUUCGUUGCGAUGAUCAUUGUCGCUUUUGAAGCAUUUGCAAUUUUCAACGUUGAUGUCAGUAAAACUCUAACAACAUUCUAUACUUUGGCCAUCGGUGCAAGUUUCGUUUUCAAGGAAUCGGCACAAGAAGUAUUUGAUUCGAUCAUUUUCUUGUUCGUCACUCAUCCAUUCGAUACAGGAGACCGAAUUUGCGUAAACGAGUCGGUAAUGGUUGUUCAAAAGAUGAGUUUAUUAUCGUGUCAAUUCUUGUUGUGGGACAAUACGCAAAUCUUUAUCAACAACGCCCUUCUCAGUCAAAUGUUUAUCAUGAAUUAUCGUCGAUCUGGCUAUCAAUGGGAAUGCGUUAAAAUGCAAGUGGCCUUCGAUACUCCUUGGAGUACUUUGGAUGCCGUUCAAGCAGACGUCACUCAUUGGCUUCAAACUGAACCGGACCGUAUGUUUGAGCCUUCGACGGCCAUCGUACCGCAAUCGAUUGAUUUUAUGCGUUGUAUUUCGGUUACGAUUGGUAUGACACAUAGAGCCAAUUAUCAAGAUUGGGGCGCACGUUGGUAUAAGAGAAAUUGCUUCUUUGCUGCCGUUUGUUAUUAUAUGCGCAAGCAUGGAGUGAAGUAUAUGAACUCUACACAACCAAUCAUUUAUUGGGAUCCUCCAUCAUACGAAACAUCAGAAGCACAAAAAGUUGAGACGUUUGAUCAAGAUGCAGUGAUCAACGAUGACUUUGCCAAAUUGGAACGUAAGCCUACUUUGACCACUUCUGGUGCUCAUAAACCACGUACUUUGUUGGGCUUUGCUCCACCGACCGAUGAGAUUGAAGGUAGUGCAUUGCGUAAACGUAAAGCACGUCGUAAAGGUUUGGCACAACAAGGCGGUGAAGGCGGUGGUGGAGCUUGA